UGGCUGUCUCAAUAUCUCCUCCCCUCGGGUCAAUUGGUGGUGUGGUGGUGUUGGGCUCCAAUGCCCCCCUUCCCCCCCCCGGGCAGUUGUGGCUUGUGGGUGUGCAUGACCUCUGAGGUGGAUGAGCUGGCAUCGUGGCAUUCCAAUGCCUGAGCGAUUGACACGUUUCUAGCUUCCAAGAUAGCCGAGCCUCACCGCGGCGGCGAAGCACUGUGGCACUCCUUCACCUUUCCUGCCCGACAUCAUACCUAGCAUCGGCGUCGUCACCGAAGCCCACCCUACAGACAUGUACCUGCAGCAACCCCUCCGGAAUCAGGGACUCGCGAUACGAGAUGCCACGAAGCUGCCCGGCUUUGCUUCUUGCUUCUUGCUUCUUGCUUCUUGCUUGCUUGCUGCAAGUCAUCGUCGACUCCGCCAGAAAUCUGCAGAGAAGCCCAAAGACCACAAUUGUUCUGUUUCCCCUCCGAAGCGCGGGAUAAUUAACAAAAGAUGCCGGUCGCCGCAUUCCGGACUCCGCCCCGCAAGGCUCUAAAACACAAACACGCCCGGGUCCCUGCUGGGGACUGUCAGAUGACUCAACAAUGCUCAGUGCUUCCAGAUAACCUGGGGAAGCACCAAGCACGGCGGAGAAAAGAGGCUCUGCCGAGUGGAGAGCAGCAGUGCUGCCGGCAGGUGAAACAGCGUCGUGCUAUGGCGGGACAACCUUUGAAUGACAUCCAUGACAGCCCGGGCGGGAGGGAAGUAGACGGCUAGCGGCAUACCUCCUCGUUGACCGCUUUGUAUCGUCUGCGAUAUGUCUUGCCUCGGUAAUGUCCCAAAUAAGCCACCUGGCGCUUGCUGGCAUAUUGAAGCCCUCACCGGUCACGGGUGUUCUCUCGGCGCGCGAUAUUAAAAACUAAGAAGAUACCGCAAGAUGCGGAGUGACCCACCCACGGCCGAACGGCGCCGGCCCUCAAAGUCCGAAACUGGGCCCCAUCAGGCCCCGUCUUGGCGUUCCGGUUCAGAGCUUCUCCAGGGUGACAACAGAGGACCCAAUCAUGUCGUGCCACUUCACGAUGGUUGCCUGCCAUUUCCGACCCUCCCUCAGCGCGUAUCGAUAGAGCAUUCUGGACCAGAUGAGGGGGCGAGUGGUUCUCGAAUGAUGUCGACUGCCGAGAUUGCUGCCGACAAAAGCACUGCUGGGGAUGCCCGGUCCGUUCAGACACUUGAUCAAUUCGGCUGCGCUGUCACCUGGACGGCAUGAACCAGUUGUCAAAAAUACAGUUUGACUCAUGAGGGGAAGACCGGGAAGCGCGCUUGAUUUCAAAAUCCAAAGCUGGCAUUUCGAUGCUGGGACUUACACAAGGCAAAUGCUUGAGCUCGGUCAGCGAGACUUUGCCAAUUCCAGCGCAACAGCCGGCCCUCUGGCGGUGAGAAUACCUUCAAUUCGCAAAGCGGUAAUCGUAAGAGUCACAGGUUAUGAGGAGACAGAAUUUGUCACCAAACUUCCAGAAUUUGAGAGGGGCCAUGGGAUGAACGUUGGUGAAGAAGCACAAGAUGGCGGACAAAAACAUCCCGCCGAUGACAUAAUCUUGGCACCCCUGGUUCAGUGCUCCGAUAAGGCUCCUUAUCGGGCGCAACAGUGCUGUGGCAGCGCGAUGCCAACAGCUGUCAUCAACGGGAGCAAGUGGCAUCAACGAGGAGCCCUUCAAUAGCAGCAACAACACCAGCAACAGCAACAACAGCAACAACAACAACAACAACACCAACAAAAGAAAUUCUUUCUGAAUGUGAGCCCAGGGCUGGGGCUGCCACUGUCAUUGCGACAACAUCACACACAAUGCGCCGGCUCAAUCUGGUUCUCCUGGCUUCGCUGCAGCUCUGCAGAGCUCGACAGCCCAGCUUUAGCAUUCACGAGGAUCUGCUGGCCCAUCCACAGUUCGAGAUUGUCUUUUCCGAUCAAUUCAUUUCCGAAGCCGACGCUCUCGCUCUCCUCGACACACAAUCAUCGUCCUCCCCAGCUCCCUCUCCAACCCCAUCAUCCCAGACCGAGCUCGCCAGCCCGUCCACAGAGACAGAUGCCAGCAAUGGCCAACAACAAGACCCCGAAGACACCGACGAUGAUUCCAACCCGGUCUCCGAGACGUACGAGCUGAUCAACUCUGCCCCGUGGAAAUAUCUCUGCACCGUACCCGUCCUCGCUCCCCCUCCAACACUCAACCAAACCGCCACCGAGCUCGCCAAGGCCGAAGAAGCUCGGGAAAUGUCCCGUGCCUCGGCCAAGGGAUGGGAGCUCAUGAGUGGUCUUGAAGGACAUUGUCUCUACUUUAUGAGUGGUUGGUGGAGCUAUUCUUUCUGCUACGGCAAAGACGUUGUUCAGUUCCAUGCUCUGCCACGAGGCACCGAAGGGGGCCCGCCUGUCCGGGAUGACAGCAGCCAGGAGUAUGUGCUGGGAAGGGCGCUACCCGCUUCUGAGCAACCAAAGGACGGGCAAGAAAAGGGCUUGGCCCCUCCCAACUCGGAGCUACAGGUCAAGGGCGACCAACGAUACCUCGUCCAGAAGUUCGAGGGUGGUACCGUUUGCGAUCUCACCAACAAACCACGCACCAUUGAGGUACAGUAUCACUGCCAUCCCGGCGUGGCAGGGGACAGGAUCAGCUGGAUCAAAGAGGUUACGAUUUGCACCUACCUCAUGGUGGUGCAGACCCCACGACUCUGCGAUGAUGUGGCUUUUCUCCCACCAAAGGUCACCAAAAGACAUCCCGUUACCUGCAAGCAAAUCGUCAGCAGCGAAGAGGAGGAGUCGGCAUGGAGAUAUCAGAAGCAGGUCGAGGCCGGCGGUGUGCUCGAGGGCGCUGGCGAGAGAGCCAGGCUCAAGGUUGGCCGCCCUAAUGGUGGAGCCGACAGCAAUCCCUUUUCGGGCAUGACCAUCGGGGGCGUGGUGGUGGGGGGACAAAAGAUCCUGGGAGGAAAAGUGAAUGCCGAUGGAACCCCGGCGUUUAAGCUCAUGCCUCCCCGACACAUAUCCGCCCUCGCUACGCCCAAGGCGGCGACCGUGACCCAUGUUUUGCUCGCCAAAGAGAAGGAAGGGGCCCCUAUUGAAAGGCUCAGUCCGGAAAAGCUAGAGGAGCUGGGCAUCAAGGAUGCGUUCUUGGACGAGAUGGAGGCCCAGUUGGAGGCGGUAUCCGGCGGUGAGGGGUGGAGAGUAGAAGUAGUGGACGCGCCUGGCCAGGAGCGACAGUAUGUGGUCUAUCAAAUGCUCGACAACGGCGCCGACGCAAUCGACCUGGAGAAGAAGCACACUUUGCCUCCUGGUGGUGCCGAAGACCAAAAGACCAAGGGCGAGAGGCAGAAGACGGCGACCAAGAAGCAAAAACCAAAGGCCAAGAAGACCGCCGGGCAACAGGAAAAGACGGAAGGCAAAAAACCGCGUCUCGAUGACGACGAGGAAGGGUCCAAAGAGGAGUUCAAGGAUGAGCUGUAA